AGGUACUCCUCCGGCGACUGGUCCCCGAUACCUGCACCUUGGCCUAUUGUUGGAUUGGAUAAGCCACCUCCAUCUUGGGAACUUGUGAGAACUCCUGUUUUUGUGCUAUAAUGAAUACACAAAGACUAGAGCUUAUUAGGAAGAGGAGAGAGGAAGACGACGAGGAGUUCAUGUUCUUACUUUUACCAAUAUUGCACUAUCACAAAAGGAGUAGAAGAGGGAAAGUAGAGAGAACACAGCGGCAUAGCUCCGUCUUGUAUGGCAUGCAACGUGUUCAAGGAAUCCUUGACGGACAUGUUAAGAAUUGCCGGGUAGCCUAUAGGAUGGAGCCACACAUUUUCAGAUCCUUAGCAUCCUAUCUUAGAAGAGAAAAAUUAUUGAAGGACAAAAGGAUUAAGGUUGAAGAAAAACUGGCUAUUUCCCUCUACAUGUUGUCACACAAUGCCUCUUUCGAAGACCUACAAUUGGAGUUCCAACACAGCAACCGUACCUUCCACAAGUGCAUAAGAGAGUUCUUCAACAUCAUCCCUGUCCUAAGUAGGCGAUUUCUGAAGCCUCCCAUUAUUGACCAUCCUCAUCCAAGAAUAGCUAAUGAUGACCGUUUCUUCCCCUACUUCGAGAAUUGCAUAGGGGCAAUUGAUGGAACACACGUGCCUAUUUCCAUAUCACCGCACCUUGCUGCACCAUUCAGAAAUAGAAAGGGAACCCUCAGCCACAACGUAAUGAUAGUUAGUGACUUCGACCUUAAUGUCACAUACAUCUCUUGUGGUUGGGAGGGUUCGGCCACAGAUGCUCGAGUCCUUCGCUCUGCAAAGGCCACUGGUUUUACAGUACCUCCUGGGAAGUUUUACCUAGUUGAUGGAGGAUACGCAAACACGGAAAAAUUCCUCGCCCCAUACCGUGGCGUGCGGUAUCACUUGAAGGAAUGGGUCCAUGGACACCGUCGCCCACAAAACUACCAAGAGUUAUUUAAUCACCGUCACGCUCUGAUGCGAAAUAGUGUGGAAAGGAACAUAGGAAUACUAAAGAAGAGGUUUCCUAUCCUACAUGUUGCCACGUUUCACAAACUGAACAAUCAAGUGAAGAUCCCUGCGGCUACUGCAAUCAUCCACAACAUAAUCAGAAGUCAACAUGGUGACGAAGAGUGGCUUGACCGUGAAGAUGAAGACCUUAUUCCUGUUGCUAACCAUGUUGAUUUGCCCAAUGGAGAUGAUAACCACCAAGGACACAACCUUGCAGAUAUGAAGCCGACUUUGCAUCCAGUGGGCACACCCAAGUUCAACUUGAAAAAAGCUUCUCUUGGUGUGAGAAAAACUCCACCGACCAAUAAGAAAAGGAAAUCACCAAAAGCAACGAAAGCAAGAGCCCAAUGGAAUUUGGGGCUUGAGAAAUCUCUGAUCGAUAUACUUCAUGAGCAUAAUAAUGACUAUUACAGAGCACAAAAUGGAUGCAGUGGGGACACUUGGAAUCAAAUGAUGCAAUUAUUCCAGGAACGUAAUCCGCAGGUGAACUUCGUCAAAUCCCAGCUACAAGAUAAAGAAAAAGAACUCAAGAGAGAAUACAAGAUGCUCAAGGAAGCUCGGAUGCAAAGUGGCGCUGGUUGGGAUGAGAAGACCUGCAUGAUAGUUGUUGAGAAGGCUUUGUGGGAUAAUCUAGAAAUCUCCUUUCCAAGAAUUGGGAAAUUCAAGAGAAAUGGCUUUCCUAUGUAUGAUUCUCUUGGAGAUCUAUAUGAUGGCCAAAUAGCUGAGGGGAAUCACAAUUUCACUUCAAGCUCUAAGGCAUCUCAACUUGAUGAAGAGUUAGAAGAUGAAAGAGUGGAAGAAGCUGGGUCUGAAUUUGAUGAGGACGUACAAAUUCUGGAUGAAGACCCUACUGAAAAGAAAGACGAGGGCACGGGAAGUUCAGCCAGCCGAGAAUGGAGAAGAAGGCAACUGGUGUACCAAAGAAAAUUCCUCCAAAGGAAUUAA